GACGGUGUGGUGAGGAGAAGGAGGAGUUUGUAGUAGGGGAGGCGGAGGGAAGGAAGAGGCCUCCCCGGAGGAGGAGGAUGGUCCCCGCGGUGGGGCCGCAGCCGCUCAUCCCGCCCGGCGCUCCGUCGGAUUGUGAAGUAUGGUUUGAGAAACAUCAACACAGUAGAAGCUGGAGUACUAUUGCAUUCUUGUAAACAGCCACUCACCAGUGAUCCUCAUCUCUCAAACUAUGCCAGAGAUGACAGAGAAGGCUCCUCUUAAGAAACAGCACCGAAAGAAAAACCGUGAGACUCACAAUGCAGUGGAGAGGCAUCGAAAGAAGAAGAUCAAUGCUGGAAUAAAUCGAAUCGGUGAACUAAUUCCAUGCUCCCCAGCACUGAAACAAAGUAAGAACAUGAUCCUUGACCAGGCAUAUCAAUAUAUAACAGAAAUGAAAAGGCAAAACGAUGAGCUCCUGCUGAAUGGAGGAAACAAUGAGCAAGCUGAAGAAAUAAAAAAGCUCCGGAAGCAGUUGGAUGAACUUCAGAAAGAAAAUGGGCGCUACAUUGCAUUAUUAAAAGCGAACGACAUUUGCCUUUAUGAUGAUCCCACUGUCCACUGGAAACGGAACCUUAAGCACGCAAAAGUUUCUGUUGUUAUCCCCAAUGAUCAGGCGCAAAAGAAGAAAGGAAACCUUAAAAAUGCAAAAGUGUCUGUUGUUAUCCCCAGUGACCAGCUGCAAAAGAACAUCAUUGUAUAUUCCAAUGGCAGUCAGCUUGGUGGAACCAAUCAGGGGGCAUCAGUCCAAGGAAUAACCUUUAAUAUCAGUCAUAAUUUACAGAAGCAGACUGCUAAUGUUGUUCCUGUCCAGAGGACUUGCAACCUAGUCACUCCUGUGACCAUUUCUAGUAUCUAUUCCACAGAAAUCAAAUCAGGGGUUCAGACUUCAGUUUCUCCACUGGUAUCAGGCCCAUCAAAUCCAGCCAAGAAAAUUAUUGAGCACUCUACCUCUGAGAAUGAGCAAGGCCUACCUACUAGUUCUAGUGCUGACAGCUCACUGAAUCCCUUGCAGCUAGUGAGGCUACAGCCUGAAAUGCAGAGUUCUCCACAAGAUGAAGAUGACAUCUCCAAAUCUAAAAAUAAACCAGAGACUUUCAAGUUAAUUGAGAAAGCGGGUUUACCUAGCAACAGCCUUCCUUUCAGUGCUACUGUGGACAGAUCUCUGGCUCAGCUGGCAGACAUGCCCCCUAAAGAGGAGUCAAGAAAUGGAUCCCUAGAAAGCUGUGUAGUUUCUGCAGCUGACACCACUUGUACUCCAUCUGUAAUGCUCUCCAUUGAUGGAAAGCCAUCCGCAGGAAACAUCUUCAAAAGCAGCGGAGGACCAGCAGCAUCUGCUGUAGAAAUCCAGAAGGCUGUAACAGAAAUUAACACUUUGCCUGCUGCUUCUAUAGACAAGUGGCCUUUUCCCAGUUCUUCAGCUGUUGGCACUUCAAAUUCCAAAACCAUGGGUAGCCUGACACGAAUGACUUCUGCUGGAAACACCCAGACUACUUGGACUACUUUGCAACUAGCAGGGAAUACUGUUCAGCCUCUAAACCGUACUCCGUCCAACAUAAACGUAGCCAUCUUAAAUCAGCCCGUUAACAAUACUAGCAUUACAGCAUCCACUCCUAACAGGAUUUUGGCAACUACUCCCAGUUUAAAUAAUCCUCUACCUGCUGGUGAACAAACAGCUGAGCAGAUCAUGGUUACUUUGCCAUCGUACCCAUCCUUACCUAUGCAGCCGCUAGUCACUAAGACGCAGGUUCUAGCACAACCUGCAAGGAGCCUCCUUCCAUUGAAUCCCACUAUGCAGCUGAUUCAGAUGCCCCAGCCAGUAGGUCCAUCUGUCACUGCAUCACCUGCUAAACAAAAUGUAGUCAUUUUACAGCCUUCAAAUGCCAGUCCACCAGUGUUGAGAACUGAAGUCCCCAACCAAACUGUUAGCCAGCAGAUUGUAAUUAUACAGACUGCUAAUCCAAAUCCUCUCUCCCUUUUCUCUCCUCCCCCUCCUCCUCCCCCUCCCCCUCCCCCUCCUCCUCCCCCUCCCCCUCCUCCUCCUAUCAGAAUGCCUAUAAAUGGAGCCGCUCCCUCAGCAAGUGCUAGUAAUCCUAUGCAAAAUGCCUCUGGCCCUCAUAUGUUUGGUGGGAAGCAUCUUGUCCAUAUUUUGCCAAGGCCAUCUUCUGUAUCAUCUUCUGGCUCGACACAAACAUUUUCAGUUGCAACGGCUAACCAACAUCUUCCACAGACUAUUUAUUUAAAUGGGCAGCUGUUUGCAUUGAAGCCUGUGAAGUCCUGCUCUGGAGGUUCAGAUCAAACCCCUAUGCAAGUUAUUCAGCCUACCACCAGUGAAGAUCCAAAUACAAAUGUUGCCCUCAAUGCAUUUGGUGCUUUAGCUAGCCUCAAUCAAAGCAUAUCGCAGAUGGCUGGACAGAAUUGUCUGCAGGUGUCUACCAGUCAGCCUACAAAUCCAUCAACAGUCAGCAGCCAAACCACACCAAGUAACCAUGUUCUGCUGGCAGCUACAGCAGCAUCCUCUUCAGCUGCUGAGAAUGUAAUGUUAACCAGUGUUUCGUGUUCAGUGGGUGCCUCUCCCCCAAAGACCUCAUUUGGUCUCGGUUCAAAAUGGUCUAAUAAAAGUACUAAAAAAUGCUUGGUGGCCAGCAGCAAUCUUGCAUGUCGAGUGAAUUCUUGCAAAGAUUUGAAGAAACUUGAUAGUGGGGAUGUGGAGGCUACCCCUGAGCAUUCAGGAAGUGACAUCUUGCUUGAAAACAUGCCUGAUAAUGUGGUGUUACAAAGUUUAGCCAUAUCACAAGCAAAUAGGGUAGCACCUAAUGACAUUGCCCAAAAUGAUGCUUCCGAUUCUCAUCCCAAAGAGAGACUGAGAGCUGAACAAGAUAUGGAAACUACCCUGGCAUCUGACCUGAAUGCAGCUAUAGUGCCAAGAUCGUUGCCUCUUGAAUCGGCCUCAUCAGAACAGUUUGAAGUGGUUCCUCCCGUCUCCAGAGAGUGUGCAUCUCUGCCUCCUCAAACUAAUUCAGCAACAAAUUCUAAGUUAUCAGAAUCAUCCAAAUGCACCCCCACCAGCCCUUUAACACCUUCUGACUCUCAGGUGACAGCUUCUCAUAUUUCUGGGACAUCUGUGGCAAACAGUGGGGCGAGUGCAGAGGGUGUUCCCAGAACAGAGGUGUCUGAAAUCUGCACAAUGGAACAAAAUUGUUCCAUAGUCAUGCAGGCCAGUGAUUUGUUAGAAGAGCAAGGCCUGACCAAGAUUUUCUCUGAUUUCAGUAAAGUGGGAGAAGCUGUAGAAAAAAACUUCUCGGUCCAAGUUGAACACCCUAAUUUUCACACCCCAAACACUAAAUCAAUUAUAGACUCGAAUGACUCGGAAGACAAGCAGGAGGGGCUCUUGCUGGUGAACACUGAAGAGGAAAACCUUGCACAAUCUCAUUCCUGUGCCUCUGAACAAGAAACAGUCACUGCUAACAGACAAGCAGACUCUCCCAUGUCAACUAGCUCAGGCAGCAGUUGUGGAUUCUCAGUUGCAUCCAUGUUGCCGGACACAUGCAGGGAAAAUGUUCCCAACAGCACUUCUGUGAAUACAUGCAACAGCUGUACAUUUUCAGAGCAAACGGAUAUUGUAGCUUUGGCAGCAAAAGCAAUUUUUGACCAAGAGGCCCAUGCAAAAGGUAUAGCAGCAGUGUCGGGAGCUGCUGUUUCCAAGGAUGAUGAAGUGGCAUCUCUAAGAAGAGACCAGUCUUUGAAGUCUCACACCAUUAAAGAUGCAGACCAGAUAGAAACAGCGCCAAGAAAUUUCAGCACUCAGAAUGCAGUGAAAAUAAACGUUGAUAGGUCAGUCGAAAAACAAAGCUGUUCUGUUGGAGUGGAAGUGUCCAGUGUAACAUUGCAAAUUCCAGCCUCCCAGUCUUCAAGCACAUCAAGCUUAAGUGUCAAUAAUCUCAUACAUCAAAGCUGCAUCAUCCACCCUGUUGUGAGCUGCUCAGGUUUACCCCCAACUUCAAACCAAUCAGCUGUUUCUGUGACUAUGACUCCAUCCAUGCCCACUAAUCCAUAUAUAACUCAGUCUCCAGGACGUUCUCCAGUGCUAAUGACAGAUUAUGCUUCAGAACAACUGACUGCUGUUCGGACCAGCACCAUGCAGGCGUCUCAGAUGCAUGAGCCACACCUAAAGCAGCAAAGCCAGGAAAGCCGCAAAGACUCUGUCAAACGUUCUGUUCAAGAUGAUCACCUGCUUUCCGCAUCGAAGAGACAGAAACACUGCCAGACGGCACCUAUGCAACUUGAAGGGAUGGCUUUGCUGAACCAAACAGCUGACGAUAUUUCAGAUCAAAGUCGAAUCCUUGUCAACCAGAUCCCCUCCAACUCCUCCAAUAUGGCAGUAUCAGGGAGCAGUCAAGGGCACACUGAUAGUCUUAGCCGGUUGUUCCCAACCAGCAAUUUUGUGUCACCUGCUCUGAGGCAAGUUGAAAUUCAGUGUAAUUCUCAGCCUUCUGUCCCGGAUCAGACAGGACAGCACCUGCAACCUAUUCAACAUGCUCCCACUCAAGGAAUGACCCACCUUCAUAGCAAUCCAUAUAUAAAGCAGCAGCAACAACAGGCUGGACAGUUAAGAGAAAGACAUCAGUUGUAUCAACUCCAGCAUCAUAUUUCUCAUGCAGAAAGCCCUAUCCAUUCCCAAGCCCUCAGCGUCCACCAGCAAAGAGUAAUGCAUCAAGAGGCACAAAUGCAGAAGAAAAGAACCCUCAUCCAAGCAGCCCAGCCUACCACACUUGCUUUACAGCAGAAGCAUCAUGGAAACGACCAGUCAAGGUCAAAGAGCAGCCAACCCCACCCCCAUCACCCGCAGAUGCAGCAAAUGCAGCAGCACUAUACAUCUUCUCAGCCUGAGAAGACAUGCGAGAACCCCACUACAAACAGAACUCACCACAACCAUCCUCAGAGCCAUCUGAAUCAGGAUAUUCUGCAUCAGCAAGCACCAGAUGUGGGCAACAGACAGACAGGUUCUGGAGUUUCUUCUGAACACAUGCCAGGACAUAGCCAGAUGCAAAGACUUAUGACCUCCAGGGCUUUGGAGCAGCAAAUGGUGUCCCAACCUAGUAUUGUCACCAGGUCAUCCGACAUGACCUGUGUCCCCCAUAGACAAGAAAGAAAUAGGGUUAGCAGCUACUCCGCAGAGGCACUUAUUGGAAAGACUCCCUCUAAUUCAGAGCAGAGGCUAGGAAUAUCCAUUCAGAGCUUGAGGGCUUCAGAUAAUCUUGAAAUGAGAAAUUACCUUGAUGUGUCUAGGAAUAAAGGAUUGGUAAUCCAUAACAUGCAAGGACGUAUGUCAGUAGACCAUACGGUUGGAUCAGAUGUUCAUAGACUUUCUGAGUGCCAGACAUUCAAGGCAAAUAGUGCUAACCAGCAGUUUGAUGUUCAGUCCUCAAGGAACAGUGAAAUAGGGACCUCAAUGUCAUCCCUCAGAGGUAUGCAGGCACAGGCUUUUCGAAUUGCUCAGAAUGCUGGACCACCCAUAGACAGACAGAAGAGGUUGCCCUAUCAGCCAGUUCAGGGCAUUUCAGCAGGAAAUGUUCUUCCUCCCCCAAGAGACAAUGAAAAUACAUGCCACCAAAGUUUUAUGCAGAGUUUACUUGUCCCUCAUCUUGGAGAUCAAGUCGGUGGAGGCCAAAGACCAAUUGCAGAGCACCAGAGAAAUCCACAGUGUGCCACUUCUUCUAUUGUUGAAUAUAAUUGCCCCCCAGCAAGAGACAGUAUUCACAUUCGAAGAGAAGGUGAUGGUCAGAACAGGGAAAGUUGUGAUAUGUCUCUUGGUGCUAUUAAUAAUAGGAACAAUACAUUAAAUAUUCCUUUUUCAAGUUCCUCUGGAGAUAUUCAGGGUCGCAAUACAAGCCCCAAUAUUUCUGUUCAGAAAUCCAAUCCCAUGAGAAUGACAGAGAGUCAUGGAACCAAGGGUCACAUGAAUGCUCCAGUUUCUAGCAAUGUGCAUGGAGUCGUCCGACCUCCUCUCACCCACCCACCCGUCUCUCGGAAUGCCGAGCAAGUCCCACCAUCAGUUCGUCAACCAAAUUCUUCAGUUACUCAGCGAUCAAGACACCCUCUCCAGGAUAACAGUGGUUCUAAAAUUCGCCAGCCUGAAAGAAAUCGUUCUGGAAAUCAAAGACAUGGAAAUGUGUUUGAUCCUAGUCUUCCCCACCUUCCUUUGGCUGCCAGUGGUAGUAUGAUCCUUGGAAGGCAACAACCUGCUCUAGAAAAAAGAGGCAGUAUUGUGCGAUUCAUGCCUGAAGGACCACAAAUGACUAAUGAUAGUGCAGCUCCUGAUCAGCACAGUCUGUCUCAAAAUUUUGGAUUCCCUUUUAUUCCAGAGGGUGGAAUGAAUCCCCCAAUAAAUGCCAAUGCACCGUUCAUUCCACCAGUGACUCAAUCUAGUACCACUCGAACACCAGCCCUGAUUCCAGUAGAUCCUCAAAAUACGUUGCCAUCUUUUUAUCCACCAUAUUCUCCUGCCCAUCCCACCCUUUCCAAUGACAUUUCAAUCCCCUAUUUUUCUAACCAGAUGUUUCCUAAUCCAAGCACAGAGAAGCCAAGUGGUGGAGGUUUAAACAAUCGCUUUGGCUCCAUCUUGUCUCCUCCCAGGCCAGUGGGCUUUGCCCAGCCAAGUUUCCCCCUUUUGACAGACAUGCCCCCAAUGCAUAUGGCCAAUUCAUCUCACUUGUCCAAUUUUAAUUUGACUUCUUUGUUCCCAGAGAUUGCUACAGCUCUGCCUCCAGAUGGUUCAGCAAUCUCGCCCCUGCUCUCUAUAGCAAACACUUCUGCUUCUGAUUCUUCCAAGCAAUCAUCAAACCGGCCUGCUCACAACAUAAGCCAUAUUCUAGGUCAUGAUUGCAGUUCGGCUGUAUGAAAUGUUGUGGCCAGGAGUUAGAAUGGUGAAUUAUUUUAUGUGUGUAGUAUGCAUAUUUGUGUAUAUACAUGCAUGUGUUCAUGUAUGCAUUUGGGAUUGCCAUCCUUGAAAAGACCACUCGUAGCAUCACUGUUUGUGGGAAGUAUAUAUACAAUAGCAGGUGCUUCUGUAUUUCUACAUACCCAUGUUGCUAAUUUAAAGUAGCAGGUGGCUAUCUCAAUGCUUACUAGUAAGAGUAAGAAUCAAACACCUUGAUCUGUCUUAAGAGAGUUCCAGAUCAUCACCCCCUGUGCCAAGAUGAGCCUUGUGCAAAAUUAAGUCCAGGGAAACUGAAGAGUUGCAUUUAUAGUUCUUGGAGAGUGGUUUUUCCUUUUUGUCCAGGAAGUAGAUACGUGAGGGUCUCAAACACAUCUCAAGUUGGUAGAACAUUUUUACUAUUUGUGUUGAAGUUUAUCAUAGACAUAUUUCAUAGGGCUGACUUCAUGUGAUAAAUUCUGGUGGGCAUUUAAAGCUUAGUGCCAUGCCUAGCUUCUGAGGAACUGUAUUAAUGUAAUGGGAAAUACUGCCUCUU